AUAAGUAAGCAGCAGCUCCAGACAAUCAAAGAUCGUUUCCAGGCCUUUCUCAACGGAGAAACCCAGAUUGUGGCAGACGAAGCAUUUAUAAACGCUGUCCAGAGCUACUACGAGGUAUUUCUGAAAAGUGACCGCGUUGCUAGGAUGGUGCAGAGCGGAGGGUGCUCAGCAAAUGACUCCCGGGAGGUCUUCAAGAAGCACAUUGAGAAGAGAGUGCGCAGCCUGCCAGAAAUUGAUGGCCUCAGCAAGGAGACAGUCCUGAGCUCUUGGAUGGCAAAGUUUGAUGCUAUUUACCGCGGGGAGGAGGAUCCUCGCAAGCAGCAGGCCAGGAUGACGGCGAGCGCUGCCUCAGAGCUCAUCCUCAGCAAGGAGCAGCUCUACGAGAUGUUCCAGAACAUUUUGGGGAUCAAGAAAUUUGAGCAUCAGCUUCUGUACAACGCAUGUCAGCUGGACAACCCAGAUGAGCAGGCAGCACAGAUCAGACGCGAGUUAGAUGGACGUCUUCAAAUGGCAGAGCAAAUUGCCAAGGAGCGCAAGUUUCCGAAGUUUGUGUCCAAAGAAAUGGAAAACAUGUACAUUGAGGAGCUGAAGUCGUCUGUCAAUCUCCUGAUGGCAAACUUGGAGAGCAUGCCUGUGUCUAAAGGAGGCUCCGAGUUCAAGCUGCAGAAGCUGAAACGUAGUCACAACACCUCAAUAAUUGACAUGGGAGAAGAAAAUGAGAACCAGCUCUCCAAGUCAGAUGUUGUGUUGUCGUUCUCCUUGGAGGUUGUCAUCAUGGAGGUGCAGGGUCUGAAGUCGCUGGCCCCCAACCGCAUUGUGUACUGCACCAUGGAAGUUGAAGGUGGGGAGAAACUGCAGACUGACCAGGCUGAAGCCUCAAAGCCAACCUGGGGCACCCAAGGAGACUUCACGACAACACAUGCGCUUCCUGCAGUGAAGGUGAAGCUGUUCACAGAGAGCACGGGAGUGCUGGCUCUGGAGGACAAAGAGCUUGGGAGGGUUGUUCUCCACCCUACUCCCAACAGCCCAAAGCAAUCAGAGUGGCACAAAAUGACUGUUUCCAAAAACUGCCCGGAUCAAGACCUGAAGAUCAAGCUUGCCGUGCGAAUGGAUAAGCCUCAAAACAUGAAGCACUCUGGAUAUUUAUGGGCCAUUGGUAAAAAUGUUUGGAAGAGAUGGAAGAAACGAUUCUUUGUCCUGGUCCAGGUUAGCCAAUACACAUUUGCUAUGUGCAGCUACCGGGAGAAAAAAGCUGAACCUCAAGAGCUGCUGCAGCUCGACGGAUACACUGUGGACUACACCGACCCACAGCCAGGUUUGGAGGGCGGCAGAGCAUUCUUCAACGCUGUGAAGGAAGGCGAUACGGUGAUUUUUGCAAGUGACGAUGAGCAGGACCGUAUCCUGUGGGUCCAAGCCAUGUACCGAGCCACCGGCCAGUCUCACAAACCUGUGCCGCCUACCCAAGUGCAAAAGCUAAAUGCUAAAGGAGGAAAUGUACCCCAGCUAGAUGCCCCAAUCUCUCAAUUUU